AUGCCGUUGGACUAUUCGAAGUGGAAGGAUAUUGAGGUUUCAGACGAUGAGGAUGAUACGCAUCCCAAUAUUGAUACUCCUUCGCUCUUCAGAUGGCGGCACCAGGCAAGGUUGGAGAGGAUGGCGGAAAAGCAACAGCAGAAAGACGAAAUUGCGAAGGGAAAAUCAUCAGUUUCGAAACGUAUGCAGGAGAUAGAGGAGAAACUGCGCGACACUACGCUUGAUGAGAAAGAAAAAAUAAAAUUAGAACUUGAAAAAGACGAGAUAAAAAAACAAGAGGAAGAAUAUUUGAGGAAGGAAAAAGAACUGGAGGAUAAAGAACGUCUCGAGCCGUGGAAUGUAGAUACAAUUGGACAUGAGGCAUUCAGUGCAACGAGGAUAAAUAAAAUUAGCGAUAAGAAACCAGAGCCUCCAAAGCUCUCUGAGGAAGAAGAAGGGGAGAGGAUGCGUACAUUCUUCACAAUGAAUGGCGACCUGCUCGAUCAGUUGGGACGAUUAGAAGGAUUCGAGGCCACCGAAAAGUUUUUGUUAGAGAAUCCGCAGUUAGCUUCUGAUUUUUCAGCUAAUUAUUUGACUAUUGAGGCGUUGAACUGUGUUUCUCAUUUCUUCUGUUAUGAGAAAGAAAAAGAAAUGCGUGUUAUGGCCAAACAGUGUAUUACAAUACAGUAUCUGGUGGAACUGGCAAAGAAUUUACGUGCUGUUGCUACAAAUGUUAAUGUAAUCAAAAAUUUUUUCAAAAAGUUUCGGGUGGCAGAUCCGAUGUACAUGAAGAUGUAUGAUGACGAAGUAAACAGCUUUUGCGAAAGGCUUCAAGAAAGAGCAAAGGAUAAACGAGAGGCUGCAGAAGCCGAAUACGAAGCGGAAGAAAAGAAGAAACGAAUUGCUGCCUCACCAGGAGGUCUUGAUCCUCAGGAGGUUUAUGAAAGUCUUCCGGAGGAAAUGAGGGCAGCGUUUGAUAGUCAAGAAGUAGCGCGUUUGCAACAGGUCGCGCUUCAAAUGGAUCGAGAAGUGUUUCAGUUUCACCUGCAACGAUGUAUCGACAGUGGGUUAUGGAUCCCUGACGCCAAUGCAAAAAAGGAUUAG